GACGCAGAGUUGGCGAAGACGGCGCUGCAGGGUGGCGAGGCGAAGCUCUGGCUGCACGACCUCGCGCAGAUGAUCUCCGCUCCCACUAAAGCCCUCGUGGAAAGUGGCGGUGCGGAGCGCGACGACGGGAUCCGUUCGAGCCAGGCCGAUGCGAUCCGGAAGUCCUUGAUCAUGCUGUGGUCGGGGGAGGUGGUGAUCAACGGGAAGGGCCUGAGGGGAUGGAGUAGCGCGCGGAGGGCGAUCAAGAACGAGAUCGUUCGCGCCAACAUGAGUCUCCUCAAGAGGGCCUGCGGAGUCGACGAGGUAGAUUCCAUGGAGCCAGACGCCGUGGCCGACGCCAUCAUGGAGCACUUGGCAUCCCGCCACGACGACGACGGCUCGAUGGAGCCCCCCGAGGAGAAGAGCCCCGCGAAGCUGGCUGUCGAGGAAUUCCUGACGGGCAGCAGAGUUCACGACAUCAUGAAGUUUGUGAGCUCCAACCCGUACGACGGUGCCCUGAACUUGUCAGCGAACUACCAGGCUGUGAUGCGGUUGGCCAUGCACAAGCUGAAUCAGCAAAAGGACGACACUUGGCGCUUUCCUGAUGUAUUCAACCUCUUGCUGCCUUUGGUGUACAACAACUUCAGCGUCAGCCUCAUCACCGCCGGGACGCUCACCAUCAAAUACUUCCACGAUGCGGGGGACAUUGACUCCGAGAUCGCGGAUAUAUCCUGCGGGCUUUUCGAGAAUCUGACAACCUUGGAAAGAGCAAUUUCCUUCAGGUCGCGCUGGGUCUUGGACGGCGUGAAGUAUUUGACGACGGGGGAGCAUAAGGUCACUCGCCUGAGCGCGGAUGCAUUCUUCGAGGCCCUCAACGCCAAGGGUGGCAAGCUGCUGAACGACCUCGGGGCUGCGGAUGCACUGUGCAAGACCCUCCACAAGUUUCAGGCUUUCUGGAACAAGGUCGCGUGCGCUUCGGAAGAGCGCAGCACGCGGGACCAGUGGGACAUCGACAUCAACAAGCAGCUGAACAUGCUUGCGCCGUCGUUCCUUGAGAGUCAAUCGGUAGGAGCUCAGCAGGCAGCUCCUCAGGGGGAGACGGCGCCGCCUGCGCCGCCAGCCCCAGCCGCGGCGGCAGAGGAGCCGAGGGGGGCAGAGGAUACGCAGGGAGAGCCGGAAGGGGGCGAUGCGGCGGCUGCUGUCCCGAAGGAGGAGCAGAUCAAUAGCAAGUUCACGUCUAUCAUGAGCGCGCGUUCAGUCUACAAGGGCCCAGGCGAUGUCACUAUGUGUGAUCAGUUGUUGUACGCCUUCAGCAACCGCGUCCACUCCUUCAUCAUCGAAAUGGCAUGCAACGGCCGCAGCCUCACUGAGAAGCACGAGGGAGGCAUCGAUGUUCCAGUAUUCGAGGGCGAUAUGUGUUUGGGGACGGUGGGCAGCUACCUGGAAGGCCCGGAGCUGUUCUCGGAGGUCCCUAUCGAUGAGUGUUUGCGGCUUACCUUUACUGGCGAUGUCGUUCGGGCCCCUCGCAAGGACGCGUUGCCCAUCUGCGAGGUCUUCGGGAUCACUUUCUACAUCGUUCCGCCGACGGGCCCCCUGACGUGCGAUUCCACCUGUCCUGCCUGGUCGGUCGCGCUGUUGAAGCCGAAGCCGAAGGCGAAAGGAAAGGCCAAGGCUAAGCCGAAGGCGCAGCAGGCGCAGCAGUCGCAGCAGUCGCAGCAGUCGCAGCAGUCGCAGCAGGCGCCGCCGCCCCAGCAGCUCGAGGAUGACGUACCCAAUAUGAAGGUUGAGACCAGCAAGCACACGAUUGAGUACGGCUGGAACCAUUACAACACCAUGCAGAAGAUCGACGUGGAAGUGACGCUCUACCAGCUCGUCAAGGACACGUCGGCGCCGCCAGCCACGGCCACGCACGGCAACUACGCGAAGCUGACGCGCCCGCCCAUCCCUGGCCAGUGCACGCAGGCGCCGAAGGUUGACAAGGGGAAGGGGAAGGGCAAGGGCGAGAAGGACAACACGUGGAACGCAUGCAAACACUUGUUGCGCUGA